AUGGCACGAGCUUUACCUGCGCCACCGGCGUCAGAGCGGGAUGCGCUGCUGCCAAAGCUGGACGAUAUCGAUCCCGAAGCCCAGGCUGGCUCGCCGGAUGAAGAUGACCUCGACAAACCAAAGAUCCCCGGCGUCAAGAUCCAGUAUAUACUCCCAGCUUUGGGUCUAGGGAUAUUUCUUGCGGCAAUGGACAAUACUAUCGUCGUCUCAUCGUACGGAGCUAUCGGAAAUGACCUCCACGAGCUUAAUCGCACGUCGUGGAUUGCAACCGCGUAUCUCCUCACGACCACCAGUUUCCAGCCGCUAUACGGAAAACUGAGCGACAUUUUCGGCCGCAAGGCGAGCUUGUUGUUCGCAUACACCGUCUUCGGACUGGGGUGUUUGGGGUGCGGAUUGAGCACGUCAUUGGAGCAGCUGGUUGCGGCAAGGGCGUUUGCUGGCAUUGGCGGAGGCGGCAUGACAACCGUCGUUUCUAUCCUCGUGUCGGAUAUUGUGGGACUGAGGUCAAGAGGGACAUGGCAGGGCGUGUUGAAUAUUGUUUUCGCGAGCGGGGCCGCCGCGGGGGCGCCACUAGGCGGGCUUAUGGCGGACACUAUCGGCUGGCGUUGGUCGUUUAUAUUCCAGUUUCCCGCAACACUAUUGGCCAUAUUAAUCGUCAGCGUCUUCCUACACCUGCCGCCGACUGAGCAGUCUCCAACGACGUUCAAGACUCGUUUCUACCGGGUCGAUUUCCUCGGUGCAUUCGUCCUCGUGGCAGCAGUCCUCAGUCUGCUGAUUGGCCUUGACCAAGCCGGCAACCUCUCCCUGACCUCCCCCCUAGUAAUCAUCAGUCUCUCCAUCGCGCUCGUCCUCUUCCUGGCGUUUAUCUACGUAGAGUCGCUCGUCGCAGCGGAGCCCUUCGCACCACCUCACAUCGUCAAGGAACCUACCAUCCUCGCCUGCUGCCUCGCCAACUUCUUCUCCUUCGGCUCGUAUAUGGCCGUUCUAUUCUACGUCCCGCUGUACUACCAAGCGGUGGAAGCGCUCUCAGCGCGUCAAGCCGGCAUGCGACUGCUCCCCGCCAUCGCCGGCUCCGUAGCCGGCUCUCUCGGCGGCGGGAUAGUAAUGCAAAAGACGGGAAAAUUCUACUGGCUGACGGUGUGGGCGUACACGCUGCCCGUGCUCGGCUCCGUGCUGGUGGUCUACUUCUCGACCGUCACGUCGCACGUCGGCGUCAGCAUGGGCAUCCUCCUCUCCGGCUUCGGCAACAGCAUCGGCGUGACGACGUCGCUAGUCGCGCUGAUCGCCGCCGCGGGAAGUAAGGACCAGGCCGUCGCUACGGCCGUCAGCUACCUCUUCCGCGCGCUGGGAACAGUGGCCGGUGUUAGCAUUGGCAGCACCCUCGUGCAGGGACAGUUGAGGCGCGAGUUGGCCAGAAGACUGACCGGCGACGAUGCAGACGAGAUCGUGAGGAAGGUUAGGGAGAGCCUGGAGUUUAUUGGUACGCUGCCGAAGGAGACUAGGGACGUCGUGAGGGCGUGCUAUAAGGACUCAGUGCAGGUGGCAUUUUUGUUCGCUAUUGGACUCUCGGUUUGUGCGCUUGUUAGUGCGGCCUUUAUUAAGGAGAGGAGGCUGGGGAGGUGA